UUUUUUUUGCGAUGCGGUUCAAAAAAUAAGCAAAACCAAAAGUAAUGUUUCUUCUAAAUCAAAAUGUGUUAUAAAAAUAACUAAUUGAAAGAAGGAGUUGUCUAAAUAUAAUUGUAUCAAAAUACGUGAACGUCUCGAUGGUUUUAAAAUAACCACUUCAAAUUGUGCUGUGUGGUAGGUGGUACCCUACAUGUGAUUCCUCCGUUUAUUUUUAAACAUAAAUAAGAUGGAAGACGAAAUAGAUGAUAAGUUGUACUUCUAAUGUAUCUACAAGCAGUCGACGUGUGGAGCCACACAUUGUUAGGCCGUAUACAACACACACUAAGUCGUACAUCUAGAACCAAAGUACAGCGUUUGGGAGUGUUCACUACUGGUGAUGUAGAAAAGUCGAGCUGGCAUUCGAAAGAAGGACCGAUCGCUGCGUACGCCGUCCAAGGACGAAGAUCGAAAAUGGAAGAUCGCUUUGUUAUUAAUGAAAAUAUAAAUAAUACGGGUGUGAGCUUACUCGCCAUUUUCGAUGGGCAUGGAGGAGAUUUUGCAGCCAAUUAUGCUAAGGAUAAACUUGUAGAAAGUCUAUACAAGAAAAUUGUAUCGAUUAAAGACAUUAUUAGUGGGAAAGUACCUGUACCGGCUGAGUGCAAGGAAGUCAGGGAAGAAAAUGAAAAACCGAAAUCUCCAAAUUUAGUGGAACGAAAAAAAAGUUUUAAAAAGAGCGCUUCCAUUACUGACGAAUGCAUGAAAAACAAGAAAGAAAUAACGGAUGUCGAAUUGCUUAGUAAAUUGGAUAAUCUUUCCAGGCCCAUAACUCGCGAGGUACGAUCUAAUCAAGUUGCCGUGAUUAAAGAUGUCCCCGUUGUUAGUUACAUCGAUUCAAUUGGUAAAAUUGAUUACGGAAAAUUGCUGACCGAUGAGGUUCUUGUCGCCGAUAAAAUGUUGCUCGAAGUGGCUAAGAAAAAAUUGGACGUUGCCGGGACAACAGCGUUGAUUGCUGUAAUUGAAGACUCAAAGCUGUACGUUGCAAAUGUGGGCGAUUCACGUGGGGUUAUGUGUGAUAAUCGAGGAAACGCAAUUCCGCUAUCUUUUGACCAUAAACCGCAGCAAAUGCGAGAACGUAAGCGAAUCAAGGAAGCAGGCGGAUUUGUUACGUUUAAUGGAGUUUGGAGAGUUGCCGGUAUUUUGGCGACAUCACGAGCUUUGGGUGAUUAUCCGUUAAAAGACAAAAAAUUUGUUAUAGCCGAUCCUGAUAUUUUAACGUUCGAUUUAGUCGACCACAAACCUUUAUUUGUUAUUCUAGCGUCUGAUGGUUUAUGGGAUACAUUUUCGAAUGAGGAAGCCAUUGUGUUUAUUAAAGAAAGAUUACACGAGCCCGAUUUUGGUGUUAAAAGCAUUACUCUGCAAGCCUACUACAGAGGUUCGUUAGAUAAUAUCACAGUUGUUGUUAUUAAUUUACAAAAUUUUGAGUUUAAUGUAACAAAAUCGUAUUGAAAUUGGUGUGUACAAUUGAUCACAUUUAAAUUGCAUUUGAAAAGUAAUCAAAUUUGUGAUCAUACUAUACUAAUAAUGUACCUGUUGCUAUGUAUAAAAAAAUGAACAGUAUGUUAGUCAUUUUGUAAUGAAACUGUGAUCGUUGAUAUGUAAUUAGUAGUUAGUUAUUUUUUGUUUUAUUUAUUGCGCUAGGAAGUUGUUUUAUUAUACAUGAUUUUGUUUUGUACACAGGUAGACUAUUUUUAGUAAGAUCUAAAUAAUGAUAGUAUUAUUUUAUUAGCCCAAAUUUAAUGUUUGUACCUAUUUUGGGAUUGAAAUAAAUAUAGAAACUUGUUUCAA